AUGCUCCUUGGCAAUAUUCUUUUCAUCUUGGCGCCGGUGGCUGCAGCCACUUCCAAUCACCGUUCAACCAUUGACACAGACGUUGUUAUUGUCGGUGGCGGCACCUCGGGAGCAUACGCGGCAGUGAAAUUGAGUCAGGACUAUGGCAGAAAGGGGGGCCACGCGGAUACAUGGUACGACCCAAUGACAAAGAAGCCAUUCAAUUACGGGAUCGAGGUUUUCAGCAACAUUUCCGCCUCUGUCAAUUACUUUGCUCGCUUUAACAUAUCCACCAAAGCGCCAGAGUCGAGGUCGCAAUCGCUCCAUGCAGACUUUAGAGAUGGAGCCUUGGUCAAUCAAACAUUCGAUUCCACCGAGGCCAGCGCUGCCAUGGACAGGUAUCGCGAACAAUGGAAACGAUUUGAAAGCAUCAUGCUGCCUGCAAAGCCAUAUUUUCCCGUGGGCGACGCCAUCCCGGCGGACUUGCUUCUAUCGUGGAGAGAAGUCGCGCGAAAAUAUAAUUUUGAAGCGGCCGGACCAACGAUAUGGAGUACUACGGGUGUCGACUUAAACACGGCAUUAAUGAUCGAUGUUUGGAAAGCAUAUUACCCCGGUAGGAAUGGAUUCGUCGCUGCCUCGGGCGAUAACCGGGAAAUUUAUUCCCACGUUGAAAAGCUUUUGGGUGAGAAAGUCUUGUACGAAACUGAAAUCGUUUCCACCAGCCGAUCAAACUCCGGGGUGCAGCUGUUCGUCCAACACAAUGGCCAUCUAUCGACCAUCAAGGCUAAAAGACUUUUGAUUACAAUCGGUCCCGAAACAAUGGAACAAUCUGUUUUCGAUUUGACCGACGACGAAGCGGCCAUCUUCUCUUCGACAACGGGCAACCGAUAUUACACAGGUCUGAUAUCGCACCCAUCCUUACCCCCAGCAACAAUCCUUAACACGGUCCCCGAAGCCGCGGUUAAUUCUUCAGCCUACCCUACCACCCCAUACUUGGCGAGCUUCUUAUAUAAAGGACUGUCAUCGAGCGGCUUCGUUUACAGAUUUUUGGUAAUCGCAUCCAAGGAAACCGGGUUUGAGGAUGCCAAAAAUUUGGUCAGCGGUUCUUUGCAGCAGCUCUUGAAGGCAAAAACAAUCCCUAUUGGAAACUCGAGCCUAGCAGAUAUCGACCGCUUGCAAUUCAAAGCUUUCAAAGACCAUGGCAUUUUGUACCGACGCUGGUCCGCCUAUCAGCUGCGUAGCGGUAUUGUUAACCGGGCGAACAGCCUGCAGGGGUUAAAGUCGACCUGGUAUACGGGGGCUUUUUGGAUGAAUAAUAAUGCCGCCAUGCUUUGGAACACUACAGAUGGUAUUUUAUUGCAAAUGAAUAUCGGCUUUUAA